AUGGGUAAAAAACAGCACCAAAAGGAUAAGCUAUACCUGACGUGCACUGAAUGGUCGACUCUAUACGGCGGGCGGACUGCCCUUCAGUCGCUUCUGGACGCCACGGCUGACCAGCAGUUCCGACGCCUACCUCUGGAUCACUGCUCGCUAUCUCUUCAACCCUUCACUCAUCCCUAUUGUAACACAAAGGGAGUGAUCUAUGAUCUCCAGAAUAUCGUGCCAUUUGUCCAGAAGUUUGGAAUCGAUCCGUACGAUGGAUCCAAACUCGAGAUGAAGUCUUUGGUUAAACUCCUCUUCCAUCAGAGCAAUGACGGCCACAACCACUGCCCCGUCCUCUACAAGAUCUUCACUCAGAACUCACACAUCGUUGCCAUCAGAACCACUGGAAACGUGUUUUCGUACGAAGCCGUCGAAGAACUCAAUCUGAAGGCUAAACACAUGAAAGACUUGCUGACAGACCAACCGUUCACUAAGAAAGACAUUAUUGUAUUACAAGAUCCCAAAGAUAUCUCCAAAUUCAAUGUCUGCGACUUCUAUCACAUCAAACACCAGUUGAGUCUCGAAGACGAUGAGGAAAAGGACGCGUCUUUCAACUUAAGGAAUAUUAAUAACGAGACCAGAGAUACACUCAAAGAGUUGAGUGAAUUGGAGGCCAAGAAGGAGAAGAAAGAGCCCAAAGAGCCGAAGAAGGAAGCGGUGAAAGCGGACAAACUGAAUGCCGCGCACUACUCGACCGGUGCGGUGGCCGCCUCUUUCACGUCCACUGCGAUGGACCCGAUUUGGUCGAAGUUAGAGCCGGCAGUUCUCGACGAAGACCUCAUCACCUACUCGAAGGUCAAGAAGAAGGGAUACGUCAGACUGAUCACCAAUUUGGGAAAUAUUAAUCUCGAGUUAUAUUGCGAUCAAACCCCCAAAACGUGUCAUAAUUUCCUCAAACUUUGUAAAAAUGAUUAUUACGUUAACAAUAUUUUUCACCGUUUGAUCAAAAACUUUAUGAUACAAUCGGGAGACCCGACCGGCACUGGAAAGGGCGGUGAAUCGGCUUUCGGUCAACCAUUUGCCGAUGAAAUUAAACCUCAAUUUAGUCACGAGGGAAGGGGUGUCUUAAGUAUGGCUAACUCUGGGCCCAACACUAAUAAAUCGCAAUUCUUCAUAACAUUCCGCUCGUGUAAGCAUUUGGACAAAAAGCACACCAUUUUCGGCCGAGUGGUCGGUGGUCUCGAGGUUUUGGAUAAAAUGGAGAGAAUUAAGACCAACGAUAAGGACAGACCAUUAGAAGAGAUCAAAAUUAUAAGGACUUCUAUUUUUGUGGACCCGUUUCAGGAAAUUGAAGACCAAAUGAAACAACAAAGAGAAGAUAUGCGUAAAGAGGAACAGGAAAUGAAGGACAAGGAGGCCAUGAAGUCGAAGAAGACAGAGAUGAAAGCCCAUCGCACAGGUAUUGGCUCUUUCAUCGACUUGAAUGCUCUCAAACGGAGUAAACCGGCAGAAGAUGAAAGGGAGGCAUCGGUUGUGAAAAAGACGAAGACAUCGGCAGUGGUGGGAGGGUUCGGUAAUUUCAGUAAUUGGUGA